AUGAAGAUAAAAUAUUUUCUUACUGUUGGACAAUUACUUAAAGCCGACAGUUUCAAAACAGAAGAGCCAGAUGGUCUCCACUGCUCACGGGGAGACUGGCAAGCCCACAUGCCCGGUUUCGACCCAAAACGACUGUCCCGAAAAUGGUCGAAAUUGCAGAAAGCCAAGUUGAAAUUGUUCGGCGGCCAGGCCGCCUCGGAAACCUGGAACUGGGUGGCCCAAGUCAGCGAGAUUGGCGACAAUGCGAUGUGGUCAGAAAAAAAAAACUAA